GAGAGCAUCACUUGAGAUAUAUCUGUGAAUCUGCGGAUACUGAGGUAAUAGUAGUUGCAGAAAAGUACAGGAAGUAGGAAAGGCUUGUAAAAAAAGAAAUAAGCCAAUAAGUGUUGUUAAACAUUGCUCUGUUGCUCAUCGCGUUGCUUUGCUUGCCAUUAUACACACGCACGCCCAAGCAUUUACCCUACACCCAUACAUUGUAUACAUUACAUAGUGUUGUGUAGUAAACUGUAUAGUUUUGUUGUCUUGUUUUUCGUUAUAGUUUUUCUGUUGUUAACAUACAAAAGUGCCGUGCACGUGAAGAAACGAACUGCAGCAGAGAGUCGAGUUCACUCUUUUGGGUCGGCUCACGCGCGGCCUUUAUUCUUGGAGGGAUCGAAUGCAAUUAUAAUUAAACUCAUAUACAGUGCGGAUCGAAGAGAGAGUGAGUCCUGUAAAAUAGACGAAGAUGAUAAGCCCUCGAAUGAGUGAAACAAAAAUGUGCCAAGUUAUACUUAACAAUACAAGUCAUUGUAUACACCUAAACCUCUUUAGUUUUUAAGAGAGUAGAUGUACUUAGUACCGCUGCCGAUUUGAUGUGAGCAUCACAGCAUAUAUCAGUCGUCACUUCCUCCUCCACUAUAUUAUUGGGAUCAGCUCAUAUUUACUCUACGUAUACCUAGCAUCUAUACGUAAAUACAAUAUCAGUAUCAAAGGGGUUGAUACACUUCCAUCAAUACAAUACCUACAUGGAUUUAGCGAUUUUCCAGUAAACGAGGCAUACCAAGAACGAGGAAUCAGUGAGUAAGAACAGUUGGAAUCUACGAUGAGGAAUUGAAGUGGAGAAAAAAAAAGAGAAAUGGAAAUUACAGUUUGUUGGAGGGAGAGCCUGGAUUUUGUGAUUAUUGAAUGUGGAGUGUGAUAUCGCGGAUCUUUGGUAGCAAGACGACGCAAGAGUCAUGUCUCCUAGGUAUUGAAGACCAAAAGGCCAGCAAGCCCGAAUUUGUAGUGCCAGUGGCUCAUGCGGUUGUCGAUGUUUCCAAUUCCAUGGAUCGUAACAUGGCAGAUGAGAGACGAAGAAGCCAAGGGCUCUUCGGCGAGCAACAUUCUUCUUCUGCCAGCGGAGAUUCCGAGCACUCCACGGAUUCCAUCGAUUCUCGCCAGGCCAAACAACGUGCCUCCGUGAAAUGGCUCCUCUCGAAGGCUUACAACAACCGCGUGCCCGACAAACUUCGGGAGCCUUAUUACCGCGAUCACGAGGACCAGGAGCACCUGAAGCCGCAAAUCGUGCACGCGCUGUCGAACGCGGAACUGUACUGCCUGGCCCUGGCGAACAUAUACUCGGACCCAAAUUACCACAAUCAAAAUCACACCGGCAUACUGCAGGCCCUGGCGCGCAAGGGUGUCUACGUUGCCGAGCCAAACAGCACACCGCUCACCGAGACCAACCUCAUCCAGAAUUCACCACUCAAAAUGUCCGCGCAUAUGGCUGUGAUAGAAGGCCUGAUGGUCUUGUACGCGAAGGAGGUGGUAACAGGUGAGCGCGUGCUCGCCGCGGUGCAGCGCUUCGAGCCCCAUCCCGAGCACAUGAGUCCUCCCCAGGACCACGAGCGGGGCCUCCUGCUCUGGAUAAGCCACGCCACGGCCGGCCUUGUCGCCAAAAUCCAAUCGGGGCAACACCAGCAGGACCCGGCCGCCAACGGCAAGCUACUGCCCGAAUUGCCCCCGGCCAAGGACCUCCAGUCGCUGUGCGACGGCGUUGGUCUGGCCGCCGUCGUCGCUUACUACUGCCCGAACGAGCUCAGCUGGACGGACAUACGGGUGUCCAAGAGGCCCUCCGUCGCCGACGCCCUGCACAACCUCGCCCUCGUACACGCGUUUUGCCUGCGGUGUCUGCCUUACCCGAUCUUCCACAUGCAACCCGAGGACGUUACCUACAUGAGGGGGUCCAUGAAGCAAAAUCUGGUUGUCUUUCUGGCCGACAUGUACAACGUCCUGGAGAUACAUCCGGCCAAAUGUGUGCGCUACCCUGGCGGUGACAAGGCGCAGCAGUACUUGGACGAGUUCCCACGCAAUAAUCACGGCGUGCCCCAUAAGCGGAGCCUGCCGCAGUCCGUCACUCCGAUACCUGAUCUGAGAAGCAACCUCUCCAUGUCCGCCCCGGGCUUCACAGUUACCAAGCCAGUGGUACAAAACAUGUUAAAAAAGUCACAAUCGAUGCAGCAAACUGUGGAAUCUCAUCAAAACGAUGAAAGAAAAAUGACCGGCGACGAGGCUCCAGCGGUACCACCGCGCAACCGAGUGCCAACGCUGAGCUCAGUGUGCGAUGACAAAACGUUGAUACGUACGGAGGCCGCUGGUCGGCCGAGCAAUUGGGAAGAUCAGCGGCGGAGCUCGUACGCAGGUCGAAGAUCCCGACGCAAUAGCGUCACCCUGGCCGAAGACUCGCAACUAACAAUAGAAAACUUCGGAGGGUCCCAAGUGAGAAACAAUCUUGUUCACGAGACGUUAUUAAAAAAAAUUGAGGCUAUUAGAGACAACCUGCACAACAUCGGCCGCAACCCGGACAAGGUGGUGGCCAAACACAUACCCCGGCACCCGAGGCUCGUAGCCGAGCCGGUACUGCCGGCUCGCUCCAGCAUCCAGGACGCGUACAGCAGCGGCGUCCACCUGAUCAUCGCUGACAACGGGCACGCGGACAACGACGACGCGCCACCUCCGACGAGGCUCAGGCGGCACGUGUCGCUCAAGAAUAUACUACAUUCCACGGAGAACGAGGGUACAAGCAGCAGCACGAGCGCGGCCAACAGUGGCAACGCCACCAGUAGCAGUACUCCCGCCGCGAUGCCGGACAGCGAGUCCAGCGCCGAAAGCACGAUCGGUGGCAACGGGAGUAUCACGAAGAUGGCGAGCUUCGCGAAUCUGAGCAAGAGCUCGGACAAGGGGAUCAAUCUCACCUACCAGGAGAGCAAGGAUUCAAGGCAGAGCUCCAGGGUCGAGCCGCUACUGACCAAGACCAGUAAGAAGCCACCAGCUGCGCCCAGCGAACACAACAACGGCUACGUGGAGAAGAAAGCCACUUUUGCCACCCUGCCGAAUAUGACGAGCUGGCAGGAGCAAAGGCAACAGCAGCCGGUCACUGCCGAACGAUCCUCCACAGAUGAAAGCAACGGCAACGUGGUCAUGGCAUCCCAGCUGAACAACAUUCGGCUGAAGUUGGAGGAGAAAAAACGACACAUCGAAAACGAAAAGCGAAAAAUAGAAAUCGUCAUGUCGAAACGAAGACAGAAGGUCGGGAAAGCUGCGUUUCUUCAGGCUGUCACGAAGGGUAAAGUUAAGUCCCCGUCCUCGUCGACAUCCGGUGGCGACAGUCCUGUGGAUAUGGGCCCUCCUCCUCCUACUUGUGCGACCAUAACUAGCAGUAGUAGCCAGUGCAUUGCCGUCGAUGAGCACUCGUCCGUCGUCUCUUCUUCUUCCUCUUCUUCUCCUGCGAAGUCCGCUCUAGGCAAUAAUCAGCACUUGCCUUCUACGGACAGGCCACCACGGCCCUACUCCUUAAAGGAGAUCAGCGAAGAUGUGCGGGACGUGGAGCACAAGUGGCUUGACCAGGACGCCGCGCCCUUCGUGGAGACGCGCCGGACGCCGGACAUCGAGAACAUGGACUACGAACAGUACCAUCAAUCGAUAUCCCAUAUGAACAACAGCUUGAGCGAAAUUCAGCAGGACAUUCAGCGUCUGGCCAACCAGCAGAAUCAAAUCCAACAGCAUCACCUGAUGACGCAGCAUCAGCAACAAAUGCAGCAACAGCUGCAACAACUUCACAGUCUUAGUCAGCAGCAUUUACACUACGGCGUGACUCCGCCAAAUCCAAUGACGCAGAGGGUACACGAGCAACAACAGUCUCAGUUUUACCUUCACGAUCAACCACAAGUGCCAAGACGUACGUGGGGUCAGCCACAGCCAAUACAAUUAGGAAACGAUAUGUCUGCCGUUGGAUACAAUCAGUCCAUGGACACGCGUUAUGUUCCUCCCUCAGUGUAUCAACAAGACUCGCGCAUGUAUCAGGACACGAGAGCGUGGGGCAUGCCGAUGCCGAUGCAACAGCAGCCCCAGACACCGCCGCAACAGCAACAGCAACAAAAGGGCUUUAUUUUACAUGACACGUCGCAGGAGCAGCGAUACCUUAACGGUGGCGAGCACAGCUUGCCGAGCAAUCAGCAUCACAUGUCUUCGUACCCGGUCGCGCAAACGCUUUUUAAUCAGACGCCACCAUCCUCUGCUAGUCCACAACAUCGCAAUGCUGUUCAUCGAAUAAGUCAGUUGAUGAACGACAGUUCAGAUGUUAAAAGGCAAAACAUGCACCACAUGCCAAUGUCAUGUGAAAGUCCUUUGGAUAAGAAAAUGAACUCGAUGCCACCUGAAGACUUGGAGCCACAAAAUAUGUCAUAUUUGGCCAACGAAGAAGAGUUCACCCAGGGCAUUCGAAAUUUGAAUAUAUCAUCGGGCAGCCGAACGUACAGGAUACCAUCGCCGACGAGGCCAUCGCUGUCGAGGAACUCGUUUCAACCUCACACGUCACUGCGAGAAACGACUCCGUCGCCGUCCGGCAACGCAGCGGAAGUUGUGCCAUUGGACUCGAGCGAUGCCGGCGAGAAGGGCUUUUAUAUCUCGUUCGACGACGCGCCUAAAAAGCCCAAACCUUCGCUCAGGACGAAAAAAGCCUCUCCCAAAAAGGAAAGAAGCUUAUCCGCGUAUUUGGAUCAUCAGGAGGAUUACAUGGCACGUUAUGAGUCGCCACCCGUGAGCGCGACUCUCGACAGACAGCGUCAAAGCGCACAAAAAGAUUUGGAGAAAGAAAAACAGAGAUUGGCCGAAGAACGCGACCAACAUCAGCAAGAGUUGAGGGAAAGGGAGGCGCAGCUGGAAAUAGCCAGAGAACGACAGCGGGAACGGCAGAAAAGCGAAGGUGACGGUCGGCAUAGUAGCGUCGGCCUGGUCAUAGGCAACCAGCUGGCGAAUCCAGAUCCUAAUUCCAUAGAUGAAAUGGAAAAGAAAAAGGAAAAGAUAAUGCUCUUGUCGCUGCAACGAAGGCAGCAGCAAGAGGAAGCAAAGGAGCGAAAAGAAGCGGAAUUGCAAGCUCGCCGGGAAGAGGAGAAAAUGAAAGAAGAGGAGAAGGCAAGGAAGAAAGAGGAAGAAAGGCAAAGAAGAGCCGCUAUUCUGGAGCAGUAUAAAUUGAAGAAAGCCAUAGAAGAAGCUGAGAGAGAAGGUAAAGUAAUUGACAAAGACUUGCUGAACGCUUUGAAGCCAGCUAAGCUCCGAAACAAGGCCGCUUCCGGUCGACCGCGACCGAAAACGAUACACGUCGAUGCUGGUACGGAUUUGGACUCUGGUGUGUUAACGCCAAGCAGGGGGAAAAAGGGUUCGUCUUCGAAUCUGAGUACAGCGUCGCUGAUGUCACCGACAAUGAGGCGAGACUACUAUCGAGGCUCCCAAGACAGUCUCACUGCGGCGCAUCUCGAGGAACGGCGUUCCAAUUCCCUAUAUCGAGGUAGCAGCCUCAGGGUAUCUUCUGUAGAUUCACCUGACGACGGUAGAGGCUCUUCGCCGUCGCGAAGCGGCAUCCAGUUGGGACGGCGUGGCUCCUACAAAACGUCACGAGAUGCGCAGGAAGUUCAGCAACAAGUUAGAGGCAGGCCUAAAUAUCCAAGUUACCAAAACUUUAAAGGAAGAAAAUCUAGUUCGUUGAUGAAUCUGUGCGAUACGGACAGUGGAUUAGGCCGAGCAACGCCACCAAGACGCGCACCCAGUCCCGGUAUGGGAAGCAUGAGACACCUGCCAUCGCCCUCGGGACCUGGUUCCCUACCACCGGGUCUCAUGACCAAGCGAAGAGUCUUCGACGACGGCAGCAGUGACAUCAGCAGCACACCCAGUUCCAUGAUGGAUUACAACGGUCCGCGGUUAUACAAGCAGCCGGCUACCAAGUCGAAUCGUAUGAUAAUGCUCAACGCCGUGGAAUAUUGUGUGUUCCCGGGUACGGUAAACAGAGAGGCGAAGAGCCGAGUACUCGACGAGAUUUCAAGGUCGGAGAGCAAGCACUUCCUCAUACUCUUCCGUGACGCUGGUUGUCAAUUCCGAGCUCUUUACUCGUACUGCCCCGACAGAGACGAGAUCAGCAAGUUGUACGGGACCGGGCCGAAACAGGUGGUGGAUAAAAUGUUCGACAAGUUUUUCAAAUACAAUUCUGGUGGAAAAUGCUUUUCCCAGGUACACACGAAACACCUGACUGUCACCAUUGACGCCUUUACGAUACACAAUAGCCUUUGGCAAGGCAAAAAGGUGAAUCUACCAAACAAAAAGGAUAUGGCGCUCGUCAUAUAGUUUUACACGAGAAACAAAUUUAACAUUAUGCUAACGUGCCCUCUGUUGUUCAUAGUUACUAUUUUAAUACAGGCCCAUAUUAAAUUGUAACAAAAAACGCGCUGCGUUCUUAGUCAGUUUUGUAUUGAGAGGAAGAAAAAAAAAAAAAAAAGUUAAAUAAUAAUACGUAUGUAGGUGAAUGAACGAAGAAUGAGUAUAGAGAGAAAAAGAAAAUAGAGGAAUGAAAAAAAAAAAGAAAAAAUAAACAACUUCGUCACUGAUCGGUGCUGACAGCGGACGUUCGUACGAUCGUUUUUCGAUGUGUGUAUACAAUUUAUCGAGCGUUAACAUUUUUUUUUAUAAAUAUAUAAAUAUGCGUUGCUUUAAGACUUGCUUGUUUUUUAAUUACCGUCAGGAGUACGUCGUCAGCACCGAUGUAUGUUCUAUCGCUAUAAAAUAUAUCGGUAUUUACUAUACAGGAAUUGUUAAUUAUCGGCAACGCUUAUUGUAUCGGCGACUAACUCAUUAUCGCGACGUUUUAUCUUGUUAUCUUGCAUAAGACUAUACAUAGCUAGUUUAUAUUCUAUAUGUACAGUUUAUAUACAUGAAGAAGAAAAAAAACUUUUUACAUUUUUUCUUUUUUCAAUCAUUGUCGCCGCUCUCCUGAUUAUUCAGUUUAAAUUUAAGUUAAUUUACCUAUAAUGCUGUAUUAUAGUAUUUAUUCUUGUUAGCCAACUACUAAUAUAAUUUCUUAUCCUAAACAUUGGUUUCUUUUCCAUUUGUGAAAGUAGAUUCAUUUGAUUCUUCAAUUCGACAAUGAUCUACCUGUCAAUAUGUUUUCAUUAAAAAUGAUUGUUUUUUUUUUUCUUAAAAUUGUACGGCAUUCGGCAAGUCAUUGAAGUUAUACAAUUUUCUAUGUUAGUUGUAGUUCAUUACGAUUUUGUUUAAGUUUUAGAUGUAAAUUUUAAUAAUAUUGCGAUGUACUUAAAAAUUUUUAUUCAAGAGAAAUUCAUUUUUAAUAUACUAAAUACUUUUUUGUAGUUUUCUAUUCAUAAAGAUGCGUGUUAAAUUCCAUUUUUUUGACGUGACCGUUUAUAUACAAAGUAUUUAUUGUCAGAUUGGAGUGAAAACUUCCAAUGCAUUAUUAAGAUAAAAUUUGAAAUUCCACGUUUCAUUACAGAACAAGCUAGUUUUACAUUGUACAUCAACAUUGUACACGUUUGAAUCCAUAGGCAUAAAAUUUAAACAAUAAAUUAUAUCAAAUUCAGGAUGAAUCUUAUUAAAAUAAACAUUUUUUUGUACUCAGUUACACAAAACCAAAACAACUGUGUAAAGCAGAACGCUUGCUCUAUAUCAAAUAACUUUUCUUCAAUUUAAUGCCAAAAUAAAAUAUUAUAUGUUAAAAUUUCCAAAGUAGUUGAAUGUAUAAUUAAAAACAUACCUCGAACAUACCUUUCAUCUUGAAACUUUUUUUUCAUUGUUUAAAGUCUAACGAACUUCUUUUAUAACAGUAUUGUGUUCAGUGCAAGAGUAACAGCUUAUGAAUUUUUACGAGGAACUUUAAUCGCAGUAUUAUGACGAAUUAUCUUUGAAUUCAAGAUUACAUACUUGGUUCGAACUUGAAUAUCAAAUAAAAUUGGUACUAUUUUAAUUAUUUUUCGUCAUUAAUUUUUCCCUAUUUACAACGCAGAAAAAUGUUGUUUACCAGUUACAAAGUUCAUUGGAAUUCCAACUUUAUUUUUUUGCCAAACACAACAUUUGGCAUAAAAAUAAAUAGAGAGGGUAUUUCUGCAAAACACAUAGUGAUUUCAAUGAAUUGAAAAAAAUUUCGGGAGUAAAUAAAAUAAAAUACAAAAUGACAAUUAUUCGUUCAGACAAAAUACAUUGUCGAAUCCAUGGUGUGAAUGUGACAUUAAAGAGCGGUUGUUUCUUCCUCGCCUUAAUUCUCUGGCAUGUUUUUUUUGUUUUGUUUUUUAAUUCUAAUGCCUAUCACAUUCAUACUGCAUUGCAAACAUUUUCAUUCUUAUAAUGAUACGAAAAUAUCGAAAUAUUUACAUAAUACGGAGGAAAAUAGUUUUGCAUCGUUAUUGCCAAACUUACGAAAAUUGCGAAAUUAACGGCAGUGGUGACCAUUUUUUCGCUAACGUACAAUUUUUAACUGGAUUAUUUUAUACUAUUUAGUAUUUCUAAUGACUUAAAAAUAUUUCUGAUGGGUAAUUUUAAACAAAUUCAUGUAGGAAAAUAAAAUUCAUGCAUUUACACGUAUAUGAGGGCAUUUUAUGCAUUGGUAAAUUUUCAGUGCCAUAAUUUAAAAAGUCAAUUUUAUAAAUUUCGAAAGCAACUGAUAAAUCAAAGUUCUUUGUAAAAUUGAAAGCUUACAUUAUAAAAAUCAUAGACAUAAUGUAGCAACAAAUUUAAUUCUUGCAAAAACUCGAUAUGACAAUA